AUGAUGCUCACGUUCAGCAACGGCGAUGUUGACUACAAUAUGCAAGACCACACCAUUGACACUAGCGCGGCCAAUGCCGGCGUCAUCAAGAAGAAGAGAAGCAUCAAGUCCAACACAAGCAUCCACCUGAACGGACCCAUGGAGGUGGACGGCUCGGUCAAGAGCGGCGGUUCCGUGAGCUUUCUGGGCGACUUUUCCGUCCGAGACAAGAUCGAGGCCUACGGCAACAUUGACGUCAGUGGCAAUGUGACUUGCCAGGACAAGAUCAAGUGUUUUGGAAACAUGGACAUUGCAGGAUAUGUCUUUUGCGGAGGAAAGGUCAAGAUCUUUGGCAAACUGACUGUCAAUGGUCACUUUGAAGUCUACGACAACAUUGAAGUCUGGGGUGCUGUCGUCAUUCAAGGCUACCUAAAAUGCAAGUCCCUCACGGCCUAUGCUUCAGUGACUACUGUCGGCGAUGACUCCUACUACGAAGUAGACGAGUCCGAGACUGUUUGGGGUGCCAAAAUGGUUCGACGGACUGAGCAUGAGGCGUAG